CCCCCCCCAAGAAGCCAGGUUCGAGUCCCGCUCGUCCCCCGGGCCCAGCUCCGGCCACACUUCGGCCUGCCUCUUCCAGGAGAAGGUCCGGGCGCCGCUGCUCCUCCCUCCGAGCAGAGCGCCGGAGGGGAUGCCUGCUGGCAUGUUCAGCAUCGACAGCAUCUUGGCGGCCAGACCCCGCGGGAAGGAGUCGGGGCUGCUGCAGCAUCAGCCUCAGCACCCCGCGCAGCAGCCUCAGCCCAGCGCGGCGCCCGUCGUCUUCUCGGCCAGCCUGCACGGAGGAGACACCCUCUACGGCCCUGCCGGCGGCGACUACGGCGGAUAUUACUCGCGGGCCGUGGCUCCGGCGUCUAACCUGGCCGCCCUCGGUGGAUCUAGGCUGGGAGGCUACGGCAACUAUUACUACGGGCAACUUCACGUCCAGGCAUCCGCCGUGGGUCCCUCUUGCUGCGGCGCCGUGCAGCCCUUCGGCGCUCAGCAGUGCUCCUGCGUCCCGGCAACAGGCUACGAAGGGACAGGCUCGGUCCUAAUGUCUCCCGUCCCGCAUCAAAUCCUGCCCUACAUGAACGUGGGCACCUUGUCCCGGACUGAGCUGCAGCUUCUAAACCAGCUCCACUGUCGGCGGAAAAGGAGGCAUCGCACUAUCUUCACGGACGAACAGCUGGAGGCGCUGGAAAACUUGUUCCAGGAAACCAAAUACCCCGAUGUGGGCACCAGGGAACAGCUGGCCAGAAGGGUACAUUUAAGGGAGGAAAAAGUGGAGGUUUGGUUCAAGAACCGCAGGGCGAAAUGGCGGCGACAAAAGCGGUCUUCUUCAGAGGAGUCAGAAAACGCCCAGAAGUGGAAUAAAGCUUCCAAGACGUCUCCAGAGAAGCUACAAGAAGAAAGUAAAAGCGAUUUGGACUCGGACAGCUGAUGGCUUUGACACACAGACACACGCAGGCGCGCGCGCAACACACAACACACUACACACACACACACACAAACGCCCGGAGAAGCUGCCGGUGGGGCUGGACUCGAUUUCUCUGGGCCACUUGCACGAGGAGGCGCUCGCAACUCUUGCACAGACUCUGCCUUCGCAGGGAGAGGGAGGAGGGACGGUAGACCUAUGUGUAUAUAAUGUACCCCAUCCCGGAGUCAACACAUUGAAAUAAAACGCGUGGCGGCGGAGUUGCA